CUGAAGUAGACUACUGAGCUUGCGUGGUUGCGUGUUCUCACUGAAGUAGAGUGGGCUGGGCGCAACAAGUAGGUGUCGUAUUAUGUUGUGUUGGCGUGGUCAAAUGGUAUUCGCGAUCAGCGCGUCUGUGUCUAACUCGGCGUCUCCUUAUCAAUCUCAUUGUUAUCGAGAAAUAUUAAGGUGGUAGCAUCAUAACAUUUGGUGUCCCUGCCUACCGACAAAUACAAAGCCUAUGUCGUGCAGUCUUUAAUGGAGACAUAUAGAUCUUCGGGUAGGACUUCGAGGUUUCUGCGCAGUUGAGUGGUGUUCAAGAUCUGUCAACGAUGAGGCUGCUACUUGGGACGCUUCUGGGAGGUCUGGAGAAAGCAGCAUAUGAAGGUGUGAGGCGAAAUACUGACGAAUGUGCAACAGGGUCAGGCAAACAGUUUCCAAAGUGGGAAGGACCAAAUAUGGUCACGUUGAGAUGGGGUUAUGCAGACACAAUCGCAAUGGUAAAUGAAGCGAAACAAGUGAACAUCAGCGAGUGCCGAGAUUCCAGACAGCUACACAAACGAGCAAAGCCCCUAGAACCAAGAAGAUCGAAUCAACUUCAGUCGCAAGUCUUUGCCUGGGGGUCGAGUGUGGUGAGAGCUAGCUGUUAGU